AUGAGUAAUGGAGUUACCAUAAAUAUCAGUGAGAAUCCAACUGUAAGUUAUAACGGUUAUUCUGAACACACCACAACGUACAAUGACUUUGGCAAAACCAUAGAUUUGACAGAGUGUAAAGAUUCUGCUCAGUGGUAUGGAUACAGAAAAUUUAUUCACAAACCAAGGGAUGGACACAAGAUUACAGGAGUUAAGAAAAAGGGGGAGAAACAGUAUGGAUUUGAACAAGACUUAGCGUAUUGUUAUACUGCAACGGUAUACUUUUGGGUUGGAGAUUCUUCUUAUACUAAUCCCCUCAUUGUUCAAUUUGGGGAUGGAGGAAAAUACUACACGGAUAAGGGUGGUAGUAGUACUUGGAGCCAGCAAGAAGGUUUAACUGCGGACAACCUCAAACAAAAACUCGAUGAACAGAACUGCAACAGGAAUCGUGCUCAUGUUAUAAGCCUUUCAGAGAAGGGUCAAGAUGGCUAUACUUGUCCUAGUUGUAGUCAAGAGCAGAUUACCAUACCAAGUUGUACGGGAUCUGACCGUUAUUCGUGGCACGAACAUAAGAUUUCUGGAGGAAAUAGUUCCAUUUCUGGAUUCAAGGAAGAACAUGAUUAUCAGAUAGGGUUCCCAUCAUUAAAGGGUUAUCGUAAUGUAAAGGUUUACCACUAUUCAAAGGCAGGUAAUAAAGCUUUGCUCAUUUACUUUUUAUCACCCACUAGUUGGUAUAGAAGACAAGAUAAAAAUAGUAAUAGCUGGGAACAAGUGAGAAAUAAUCCCCCAUCUAAUGACAAUGACGAUGCUAACAUUCUUUCACUUUUGAAGAAAAUCAAUGGAGAUAAGGAAGGACUUUCUGAUGGAGCUAUAGCAGGAAUAUCUUUAGCAAGUAUAGGUACUAGUGGAAGUCUCAUAGGUGCUGUUGCGUGGAAAUGGCCUUCUAUACUCUCAUUUAUAAUUACUCGUGUUGAAGCAUGUCCAUGGAGCAUUAGUUUGUGGUUAUUGGCUGUAGACCUCCAUAUGGAGAUUGGGGAUUACGCAAAAGCGAGAGCACUGGUAGAAACUGCAAAGAGUAAGAUAAGAAGCUUGGUUGGUCCGUCGAUUAAAAAGACGACUAACGUUGCCUUGAUACAGACGAAGGUCUUAUCUGCUGCUGAACUAUUAAAAAUUGCGAAAAUUGCAAUGGAUUCUGAUGACGAUGAUGAAGUGGUUAAGGAGAUGAUUGAAAAGAUUAUGUCCCAUUGUGAUUUAAUUUGGCUAAAAGGUGUUCAAAUUGAGCUGGAAGCCACAAACAGCAGUACUGCAUAUUUUGCAAUGUCAAAGGCGCUGCAAGAACUCCCAGACUCCGGUCUCUUGUGGUCAUUUUCCAUAUUCAUGGAAGAUAAGGCAGCCAGAGAUUCCAAGGCUGCAGAUGCUCUAAAGAGAUGCCCUAAUUCACCAGAUGUGGUACUGGCUGCUGCACGUUUGUUUUGGGAUGCCAAAAAGGUUUUAAAGGCUAGAAAGUGGUUCCAACGUGCCAUUUCUAUGGACAAUUCAAAUGGUGUAGUCUGGGGGACAUUUGUUGCAUUUGAACUCGACUGCGGAGAUGAGGCGAGUGUUAAGGAGGCGAUCAACAAUUGCACAAAGGCGGAACCUAAUCGCGGAUACGACUGGUGUAGAAUUGUAAAGAGGGUAGAAAAUUGGAGCAUUUCAUAUCCUCAAAAGUUGUACAAGUAUAUUUUGGAAUAUUACCCAAGCGUUUUGAAUAAAUCAGUUCCAGAGGAUAUUCUCAGGGUGCUAAACCCAGAGGUUAAAGAGGAAGAAUGA